CAUCAAUUCAAUCUCACAUCUUCUCUCAACACUACAACUACCUUUUCAAGCCUUUUCUACCAACUAAAUCAACAAUAUGUCCGCCGAGUACACACCCGAGACCUCCACUGGCGUCGCUGGUGACAACGAGUAUGCCAGCCGUACUGGUCAGAACCAGAUCCCCGUCCAGAAGGAUGAGGCAUCCAUCGAGGACCCCAUUGAUGCUGACACCGCCGACUCCGACAAGGUUCUUGAGCAAGACGAGAAGGCUGCCAUGAACGAGGACAACAUCAUUGACGGUGGCCGCACUCGUGGUGCUAAGCCCACCGGCUCAUACCAGGAGCCCGGUGACGACGAGGGUCUUCCCGGUCCCGAUGAUGGUACCUCCGCUGUUGCUCAGUAA